UUUACACAAAUACUCUUUUUACACAUUUUUAAUGGGUUCUGGGUAUAGAAACCAAGCCUGAAAUUUGAGUUUGGAUUUUCGGUUUUCAUAUUGAAACAGCUUUUGUUUGUCUCUUGCCAAUUGGGCAAUAAAUAAAGUAGAAUGUGACUGGCAUACGCAAACAAAUGUGCGCAACAUUUUGGUAAUUAUUGACAUCAUUUUAGCCAAUUUUAUUUGCUGCUAAUGGGCGUGACAGAAACAAUAAGCCGCAAAUAUUGAUACAAACAUAUUAUCUAGUCCGAUAUGACCAUGAGCCUGUGUUUUGUUUUUGUUUUUUUUUUUUUUAUCUCAAAGCCCCUAAACAUGCUACCUUAAUGACAUUUUGUUGUUGUUGUUGUUGUUGUUGUUGUUGUUGGCAGCUCGCAUUACAAAUCAAACAAUUGGCGGUUCGGAGUGUGGGCGCCUCGACAGGAUAUGUUGCUGUGUCACAUCCUUUUAGCUGGCAAUUAGCGUCGUCUAACGGCGUUCCUAAUUGAUUGAUUGAUUGACUGAUUGAUUGCCCCAGAGAGCCGCAUUUCCAACAGGCGCAGCUCUCCUAUCCUCCUCCUUCCCUGUUUACAUAUAUAUAUAUAUAUAUAGAGGUAGUUAGCUCCAUUUGUUGACACUGCAGCCCAUUAAUAUAACGCCCAUUUGCCAUAUCGAUAUCUAAAUAAUUUCCAUAUUUGAUAAGCAAAUUGGCUUCACCCAGGCACUCCGACCACUCGCUGUUGGCAAUUCCGUAUGGCGUUAAGUCCGCCGACUUUUGCCGUAUUAAAUGACAACAGGCAAUACGACUUCUGAUAACAUUUGAAUGCCACUCAACUUAAAGUGCUUAAGUUGGAAAUGGGCUUGUUAAUUGUGCUUUCCAACAAAAAGUUCAUUUCAAUUUAACAAAACUUCCAGUCCUUAAGUUUUAACUAUUUACUUAGCCAAGCUGCUCCUUGAACUUAACUUAUCUAAUAAAGGUUUCUCAAAGUGUUUGUAAAUUCAAAAGUAAAUCUAGUUUCUAUGUUAUGUUCUUUUACUUCAACUGGAGGUUCAAUUGAAGAAGUCUUUUAAUUUCCCUAUUUUUAUAUACAUUUCUUAGUCAAGCUGCUCCUUGAACUUAACUUAUCUAAUAAAGGUUUCUUAAAGUGUUUGUAUGGUCAAUAUUAAAUCUAGUUUCUAUGUUAUGUUUUUUUUAAUCAACUAGAAGUUCACUUGAAGAAUUCUAUAUGGUCUUCCAAUUUCUAUAUGUUCAUAUACUCGAUUUCUUAGUCAAGCUCCUCCUUGAACUUAACUUAUCUAAUGAAAGUUUCUUAAAGUGUUUGUAUGGUCAAUAUUACAUCUAGUUUCUAUGUUCUGUUCUUUUACUUCAACUGGAAGUUCAAUUGAAGAAUUCUAUAUGGUCUUCUAAUUUCCCUAUUUUGAUAUACAUUUCUUAGCCAAGCUCCUCCUUGAACUUAACUUAUCUAAUAAAGGUUUCUUAAAGUGUUUGUAUGGUCAAUAUUAAAUCGAGUUUCUAUGUUAUGUUUUUUUUUAAUCAACUAGAAGUUCACUUGAAGAAUUCUAUAUGGUCUUCCAAUUUCUAUAUGUUCAUAAACUCGAUUUCUUAGUCAAGCUGCUCCUUGAACUUAACUUAUUUAAUAAAGGUUUCUCAAAGUGUUUGUAAAUUCAAAAGUAAAUCUAGUUUCUAUGUUAUGUUCUUUUACCUCAAGUGGAAGUUCAAUUGAAGAAUUGGUUAUGGUCUUCUUAUUUCCAUAUAUAUUCUAUAUACUAUAUUUCCGCUCCAAGUUCGUGUCAAGAAAUCAAAAUGUUUGUGAAUGCACCCGCACGUAGAGUUUACUGUACCAGCUCGUGUGUCUGUCCGUUUCCAUGUGCCUUCUGUUCCACAAUUGUCCGUCGACAAGCAUCUCAUGCAUGUUUCGAGCCCUCGUCACAGAUCUUCACCGCCAGCAUCAUAAUCUUGAUUGAGGGCGUGGCGGAUCACAGCUACAGCAGCCAGGCGAUGCUGGUCUGUGGAACGCUGACCGGCUAUCUGAUCAUCUGCAGUGUCCUGAGCAUAGGGCAUCUGGUGGGCGCCAAACUGGACAAACGCAUCGAUAUACUCUUCACGGUCGCCGGCUGUGUGCUCUUCGUCUCGACCGGCGCCAUCAUACUCGAUCGCUGGAUGAACUGCUACGAGAUUGCCAGCGAAAAGAACACCAUCUUGGCCUCGGGCGUACUGGCCUUUGCCACAGCCGCCAUUUUUAUCGCUGACACAUUUAUCAUAUUUCAUGCCCAAUAAAACUUGCAGAAGCCAAAGCAAUUUCAACGAG